AUGGCGCUCAAUAACUACAUUGAUGCCGAAAAUGCCCCAAAUUAUGAGGACAUGGAGAAGCAAUUCGCCGUCAAGGCUGUUCAACAAAUGACGGUGUACUGGAGUCUAUUGGAGAAGAUUCCUGGUUCAAAACUCCGGCUCACGCGGCUUGAUGACCAGAUUUUGGAGCAUUUCAAAAGUGAAUUCCCCGAGUUUGAUCCAGCUGAGGAGAUCGACGAGGAUAAGAUGAAGAGCAAAGAGGGUAAAGAGAGGUGGCGCAAGUUUGCUAUGGCCUAUGAGAAGGGCGACAACAAGAUUGACGACUUCAACUUCGGCACCAUGUUAAGAAAAAGCCCCAAGACAGAGUACGGAGAAAAGGAGACCAUCUUUGCCGUCCGAAUGCAAUUCUACGCCAUUGAGAUUGCAAGAAACCGAGCUGGACUCAACGACUGGAUAUAUGAGAGUGCCCAGAAAGAUGCAGGCAACAAAUCGUGA